AUGACAUUUAAGCGAGAUUUCAAAGAACAAUUGGUGCAUGAGUGGGCAGAAAACUACAUGGACUAUGCGGCCCUCAAAAGGAUAUUAAAAGAGAUUAAAAGUAGUAAGCAAAAUCAGCAUCAUCAUCAGAAACCACGUGAUAAAUCCUUAAUACGCCACAGACUUAGUCCUGAAAGAGCAUUUUAUGGGCUUCACUUGCGACAUAGCGACCAUGGAAGGAUUGAAGGCGAUAUCGAAGACCGUCAGGUUAUAGAUGUCAAGAAAUUAAAGCAAGAUGGUUCUUCUGGUGGGAAAUUGUAUCAGACCCAUUUCCUCAAGAACCAUGAAGAAGGAGGAGGAGCUGAGGCAAGGUUCUUGAAGCUUGAUGAAGAGCUCAACAAGGUCAAUUCCUUUUACAAAGAGCAGGUUGAUGCAUUGGAUCAUGAAGAAGCUCUCUUGAACAAACUGGAGGCUUUAAUCGCAUUGCGGGCUAAGGUGACAAACCCUGAUAUAGAGAUGCAGAACUUGAGUUCAUCGUCCGCAAAAAAAAAGGGUCAUGAUCAUCAGCAAAAUGAUACAAUGGAUGGCACAAACGAAAAUACUAAUCAUGAGGAGGAAGCACAGAGUAAUUAUAACAGGAGAGAUCCCUCGGAAAUCCUGGACCAAGUAAAGAUUGAUAAUACAAUUGAAUCUCAAUCGUCAGCAAUCAGAAGUGUUUUUACAGAUUUCAAGGAAGCGGAAUCUAGUUUCAGCAAGGAGAAUCUCAGGAAAGUUGAGAAGCAAUUGAGGCUUGUGUUUGUCGAAUUCUAUCAGAAACUCCUUCAUCUGAAAAAUUACAGCUAUAUGAACCUCUCAGCUUUUUCCAAGAUCAUGGAGAAGUAUGAAAAGAUUACAACAAGGGCAGCAGCUAGAGAAUUCAUGAGAGUAGUGGAUAAUUCCUACCUGGGCACUUCUGAUGAGGUGGCAUGUAUGUUAGAGAGGGUGGAAUCUACCUUCACCAGAAACUUUGCAGAUUUGAAUCACAAGAAGGGAAGGAAAUUAUUGAGGGCAAAAUCUGAAAGGGAAAAACACAGCAUAACAUUUCUUACAGGCUUCUUUUCCGGUUGCUUUGUUGCUCUAUUAUCUGCUACUCUUGUAAGAAUAAUUUCUCAACAUUUGAUGAAGCAGCAGCAGGGGUCAUUUUACAUUGAAAAUAUUUUCCCAUUGUACAGCUUAUUUGGAUAUAUCACACUACACAUGCUUAUGUAUGCCGUGGAUACAUAUUUUUGGAGGCGCUAUCGAGUGAAUUAUCCAUUCAUAUUUGGCUUCAAGCCUGGAACUGAAUUGGGUUAUAGGGAAGUUUUCCUGCUGAGUACUGGUCUCGCAGUUCUUGUGUUACUUGGUUUCCGUAAUCUGCAGCUGGAGAUGAACCAGAAGAAUCAAAGCUAUAGGACAGCUGCUGAAAUAGUUCCCCUGAGCUUUCUCAUACUUGUACUUCUGGUUACCUUCUGCCCUUUCAACAUCAUAUUUCGAUCAAGCCGGUUCUUCUUUAUCAAGAGUUUAUUCCGCGUCAUAUGUGUUAGGCUUCCAGAUUUCUUCUUGGCUGACCAGAUAACUAGCCAGGUCUCAAGCCUCAGAAAUUUUGAGCUUUACAUCUGUUAUUAUGGCUUGGGGGAAAACUCGAGGAGGCGAAAAUGUCAAAGUCAUGGUGUUUAUAAUACAUUGUCUUUCAUUAUCGGUGUCAUUCCUUUCUGGUUCCGCUUAGGCCAGUGCAUGCGUCAAUUGUACGAUGAUGGAGAUGUAAGUAGAGCAUGGAAUGCCUUGAGUUACCUCUUCACUAUUCUCGCCUUCCUCAGUAGGACUGCCUUUGAACUGAAGAAGGGAAUGACUUGGAAGGCUUUGGCUCUAAUAACGUCAUCAAUAACUGCAAUACAGAACACAUAUUGGGAUAUCGUUGUCGACUGGGGGCUUCUCAGAAGGCAUUCAAACCCCUAUUUGAGGGAUAAGCUUCUUGUUCCUCAUAAUGUCUACUUCAUAGCUAUGGCCCUUGAUGUAUUGCUUAGAGUUUUUUGGAUGCUAUCAGUGCUUCAACUCAAUUGGCGUCCCCUUCAGAAAGUAGCAAUGACAACUAUCAUUGCCUGCCUGGAAAUCAUACGCCGUGGGAUUUGGAACUUCUUUCGGUUGGAGAAUGAGUAUUUGAACAAUGUUGGCAAGUAUCGUCCCUUCAAGUCUGUACCACAUCCUUUCAGUUACUACAAAGAAGACAACGAGGAAGAGAAUAAACAAGGAUGAAUAAUGGAGAAUUCA